AUGGCGAUGAAGGCGUGGCUUCUAGCCGUUGCUUUGCUGGUGACAGCGACGGCUGGCCGAAAUUUAAAAGCAUCGCAAGAGAGUGAACCACGACCAUCAACGGCCAGCCCGGAAUUGCCCGAUUCCGUCAGGCUGCCGCGACAAGUGCAGCCACCUCUACCGUUACUGCUAGAUUCUACCAGCCAGCAACCAGCCACCGCUGAACGACAUCCACGAAAACGGCAAUUAGCCGACCUUGGAGCCAAUUUCCAACCGCUAACGUUGCCCCUAACAGGCCAGGCGCACUCGCCGCUACAUCGAGCCACUUUCGACCCAGACACCAAGACCAGCAUCGUUUCACGAGUCAAUGAUCCGGUAGAGAAACACGCGAUAGAGCCGAGAAUAUCGUCAUCGCCCUCUCAUAUCGGUUUCUUGGCGCCGCAGAUCGCUCCUCAACGAAGGAGUCACGGAUUCGGCGGCCACUCCUUCUAUCACAGUCACGGACAUCAUCACGGACAUCACGCGCAUCACGACCAUCACGCCAAGCACAAACACGAACACGGUCACAAGCAUCACAGCGAACACGAGCACAAACACGGCCACGAGCAUCACGCCGAGCACAAGCACCACGAGGAACACAAGCAUAAAGACGAUCAUCAUCAUCAUCACGGACACGAUCAUCACCACGGUCACAAGCAUCACUCCGACCACAAGCAUCACCACGGACACGAGCAUAAGCACGAACACGGUCACAAACACGACCACAAACACGGCCACGAUCACAAGCACCACGGGGAACACCAUCACCACCAUGGACAUCAUCAUCAGUCGAAACACGAGCAUCACGAGGAACACAAGCACCACGCCGAGCAUCAUCAUCACCACAAGCAUCAUCAUCACAACGAGCAUCACCAUCACCACGAACAUCAUCACGUUAACGAGCAUCACCAUCAUCACACGCAUAAGGAGACCGAGAAUCACCAUCAUCAUCACGGACACGAUCACCACGAGCACCAUAAACACGGUCACAAGCAGGAACACAAGCAUCACCACGGCCACGAACACAAACACGGACACCACGAGGACCAUCACCACGCCCACCACGAGGAUCAUCAUCACAAACACGGACACGAGCACAAACACGACCACCAUCAAGACCAUCAUCACAAACACGGCCACGAACACAAGCACGGCCACAAGGAGGAGCAUCACCACGGACACCACGAGGACCACAAGCACAGCCAUCACGAGGAUCAUCAUCACAAACACGGCCACGAGCACAAGCACGGCCACAAGGAGGAGCAUCACCACGGCCACCACGAGGACCAUCAUCAUCACCAUCACCAGGACCACAAGCAUCACCAUCACGAGGAGCACAAGCACGGCCACGAGCAUAAAGAAGAACACAAGCAUGGCCACGAUCACAAGCAUCACCACGACCACCACGAAGGACACCAUCACGAUGAGCAUCACAAACACCACGCGUCUCACGAGCACAAGCACGGCCACUCCCACGAGGAACAUCACAAACACUUCGACGACCAUCACCAUAAUCAUCACCACGACAGCAAUCACAAGCACGAGGAGGCCCACCAGCACUCCGCCUUCGAGCAGCACGGACACUACAAAGGCCUGGGCCAUUACUUCGACGCGUCGCAGAAUCACGAGGAGUACGUGUUCCCGGAGGAGAGCGAGACGGUGGUGGUGACGCCGCAAGUGGAGGACAUUCUGAAGAUCAAGAAGGAACCGGAAGCGGAGAAGACCACCGAGCAAACGACGACGGAGGAUCACGCGUAG